AUGAGGAGACGUCACGCCACAAAGUUAACACGGAACAGAGGUUUCACAAAAAGUCAACAUGAUACACAGAAAUUUGAACACAGCAUUUGGCAGCCUGUACAAAAAGAGAGCAGAUUUCUGUCUUUGUUCACUGUGGUAACUUUCCCCAAUGGUGGUUGCGCCGGCGCAUCGGGUGACAACGGCACUUGCAUGACAGCUCGAGAAUGUUCUUCAAGAGGUGGCUCGGCUAACGGUUACUGCGCUAAUGGAUUUGGCCUUUGCUGUAUUUUUAUGACGUCAUGCGGCAGUAGCACUUCAGAAAACGGCACUUACUUCGUCAAUGCCGGAUAUCCUGCGCCCUAUGAUGGUGGUGGUUCUUGUGAACUCACAAUUGUUAAAUCACAUCCGGAAGUCUGCCAGAUAAGAUUAGAUUUCAAUCGUUUCACGAUUGCUGGCCCCGAGCCUAUAAACAAUGUUUGUAACCAGGACCAGUUUAUGGUCUCCGGUGGCAACCCGGUACCUGCAAUCUGUGGAGUCAACCAGGGUAGUCACAUGUACAUAGAUGCCGGUAUUGGUAUCACAAACCCUGUGAAAUUAACCUUCGUCACAAGUGGCAACUCACUCGAGAGACUCUGGAAAGUCAAAGUAACACAAAUACCUUGUAACACUAUAUACAAAGCCGAUGAGGGCUGCCUUCAAUACUACACGGGAGUGUCCGGACAACUUCGAUCCUUUAACUACGACCCCGCUUCGGGACUGCAGCUAAGCAAUCAAGACUACGGCAUCUGCGUUCGAACGGAGAGAAACUUCUGCGGUAUUCAGUACACAGCUUGCCCUGAUCCAGUAAAUAAUCGUUCGCGUUCUUUUACGCUUAGUGGCAAUAGUAACACAGCGGUGAACUCCAUGAUCGGAUCAGGGGCUGGACCAAACAAUUGUGCCAAUGAUUGGCUAUUGGUCCCAUGUGCUGCUAACGUUGGCCGAUUGCAGCCAGCGCAAGCUUUGUGCACGGACAGGAUUUGCGGCGGGACUUUCUCUGCAGAUCUGUCAAUGCAAACAGCCACUGUUUUAAGCACAGUAAAGCCCUUUCGUCUCUGGUUCCACACAGACGGAGUAGAAGCUCCAGUCGAUGUUGGCAACAGAGGAUUCUGUUUAAACUAUAUCCAGCAGCCCUGCACCAAUAAUGUUAUAUAG